UGGGAUUUGAAGUGAACUCUGGGGGCGGACCAGGCUUUGUGGUAAAGUCUAGUUAUGGAUUUGAGAUCAACACUUCUGGUUAUUGGAGGAUCUGCAUGCUCUUUCAAACUGCUGAAUCUGAUUGUCAGAUUCCUUCCAGCACCACAGACGGCUCGCAAGAAAGCCUGGAAGUGGAGGAAUACCAGCACUUCUUUGGUUCACAGCUCGCUGACGGGAGCAUGGGCUGUUUUAUGUUUGUACCAUCAACCCCAGAUGUUGGAGGACGUGAUCUCCUCUUGUUCCACGUUCUCCCACAGUCUUGUGUCUGUGUCUACAGGUUAUUUUAUCCAUGACUUCUUGGACACAGCCUUGAACCAGCCCUUUAAAAAGUCCUGGGAAGUGCUCCUCCACCACUUUGUGGUGACGUCCUGCUUCAGUUUGGCUAUAACGUCCCGUCUCUACCUGGGCUUUUCUGUGGCGUCGUUGCUGAUGGAGAUCAACUCUGUUUUCCUUCACAUCAGACAACUCCUGCUCCUGUCAGGACAGAGGAACAGGUCAGGGACUGAAAUUACAGCCCCUCGCUCCUCUGUGACCUACAGCAUGACCAGCUGGCUCUGCCUGGGGACGUUAUUGGUGUUUCGUGUCUCUAUAGCAGCUUGGAUGGCCCGCUGGCUGGCAGCAGCUUACAGUAAACAAAUACCUCGCUAUGUCCUGAUGACGGGCACAGUAGGCCUGAGUUUCAUCUCCACCAUGAACAUAGGGCUGUUUUACAAACUGUUCAGAGCAGACAUCCUCACCAAAACACAUAACACCAGCAAGAACCACUAGAGGGAGUCAGCUCUGUGUUUCUCACCCAUGACUGUGUUUG